AUGUUCACCACCAGUUACACACGCUCAUCACCAGUUCCACACGUUCACCACCAGUUCCACACGUUCUCCACCAUUUCCACAUGUUAUCCACCAGUUCCAUAUGUUCUCCACCAGUUCCACACGUUCACCACCAGUUCCACACAUUCACCACCAGUUCCUCAUGUUCUCCACCAGUUCCACAUGUUCUCCACCAGUUCCACACGUUCACCACCAGUUCCACACAUUCACCACCAGUUCCACAUGUUCUUCACCAUUUCCACAUGUUAUCCACCAGUUCCAUAUGUUCCCCACCAGUUCCACAAGUUCUCCACCAGAUCCAUAUGUUCUCCACCAGUUCCACACGUUCACCACCAGUUCCACACAUUCACCACCAGUUCCACAUGUUCUCCACCAGUUCCACAUGUUCUCCACCAGUUCCACGUUCACCACCAGUUCCAGUCUACCAGUUCCAUGUUCUCCACCAGUUCCACAUGUUUCCCAGUGUUCACCACCAGUUCACACAUUCACCACCAGUUCCACAUGUUCUCCACCAGUUCCACAAGUUCUCCGCCAGUUCCACACGUUCACCACCUGUUCCACACAUUCACCACCAGUUCCACAUGUUCUCCACCAGUUCCACAUGUUCUCCACCAUUUCCACAUGUUAUCCACCAGUUCCAUAUGUUCCCCACCAGUUCCACAAGUUCUCCACCAGAUCCAUAUGUUCUCCACCAGUUCCACAUGUUCUCCACCAGUUCCACACAUUCACCACCAGUUCCACAUGUUCUCCACCAGUUCCACAUGUUCUCCACCAGUUCCACAUGUUCUCCACCACUCCUGCAAUUCACAACACAUUUUCUCUCAUGUCCCGACGAUUUCACAGUUCUUUUAG